UGACACAACUGUGGACCUACAGGAACAGUCAUACUGUAAACAUAACCUGGCACAAUGUGGACUAAAGUGAAAGAUUUUGGAAAAUAUUUGCUCAAGAUGCGAGACCUGUUCUGGUUCAGCCUCUUCUGCCUGACAUUCCUCUACAUCAUCUUCUACUUCUACUUCUGGCUCAUCGUCAAGAACAGCUUUGAUGACCUCAACUGGCACAUGUUUGGGCUGCUGAGGACAUGGGUUCCCUGGUACAGAAUCAUCCUGGGGCUGACCUGCGCCGUGUUUGCCUACUUCAUUAUAGUCAUGUGCCUGGUGUUGUGCCACGUCCUGCACGGCCACCAACUCUACAUCCACCCGGUCCACAUCGCUGUCAUCCUUUUCAGCCUGCUGGGCUGCGUUGCCAUCACGGUUGCCGUGGAGUUGAUGUGGCGCUCUGAAUGGACACUAGUAUUACUCUCUCUCAGGAUCACGGGACCCUUCCUCCAGAUCGGUGCAGUUGUGCUGAUGACUCUGAUGACAUGGGUUAUCUCCCUUCAGUGGUUUAAACUCUCACAUUGGGCGUUGAAGCUGUUGUGGCUGACCGUGUAUGUUGCUGUUAUGAUCGGACUGUACAUAUCCCCGUACUUCAUCAAUUCCCCGUGUGUCACUCACGCCGACAACUUGCCUAGUAAGCCCCUCGUACUAGCCCACCGAGGAGCAUCAGAGAUUUUACCCGAGAACACACUGAUGGCGUAUGAGUUUGCCUACCAGGAUGGAGGCUAUGGUGUGGAGAGCGACGUGCAGAUCAGCCUGGACUGUGUGCCCUUCAUCCUCCAUGACAGGAGCUUAGAGAGGACCACAAAUAUAAAAGAUGUUUUCCCGGACCGAGUAAAUGAUGAUCCAUCGUCUUUCAACAUGUCGGAUUUAAAAGCUUUGAAUGCUGGUUCCUGGUUUAUACAAAAUGACCCUUUCUGGACUGCCGGAGACUUGACCGAUGCUCAACGGAAACAGGUAGCCAAUCAGACGCUGCCGACAUUGGAGGAGCUUGCACGAUUGGGCCGAAACUACAGUGACAAUGUGUUGAUGUUCGACCUGCGGGCCCCGCCACAGUCACACCCCUGCUUCAAUCUGACCGUCAACUACACCAUACAAGCCCUCACGAGAGCAGGAUUCCCACUACAAAACGUCUGGUGGCUACAGACCACAUUCAACAACAGCCGCCCCACCGGUGUCACCGUCGUGGGCGAAUACUACAUCCCCGUCAGCAGUCUCAGGAAGGCUAACAUGUCCAUCGUCAAUGUCCAGUACACGGAGCUGACCGACGACCAGAUAGAGGAGUACCAGGCCUCCAACAUCAGCAUCAAUAUGUGGACGGUGAACUCCGAGUGGAUGUACUCCCUGUGUUGGUGCAUGGGCAUCUCCUCCGUCACGGCAGACAGCUGCCACACGCUCAGGCACGUCCAGGCGCCCAUCUGGCAUCUGGUGCCGUCCAGCUACCUGAUCCUGUGGGUGACUGUGGACGUGUUGUCAGCUGUGAUAGUCAUCACGGUGUUCAUAGUACAGAGAAUCCGAUUAUACGGGACUUCCUUCAGUCCUGAGACCAUCUCCCUGAACAGCGCCACCCGCAGCGCCCAGGGCCACCGAUCUCGCAACAUGAAGGAGAAGUUGCUCUACAACAUGACGGACGGGGACCUCGUGGAGGAGGUGGAGGCGCGUGCUGCCGGGCACGGCGGCGUGGUCAACCAGCCCGCAUCAUCCUACUCCAUGGCCUCCAUCAACAACGACCCCUACGCCAGCCAAUACCACAACGGAAACACCUUCCCCGACAGCAAGUAUGAAGUGGAGUAGAGCUGGCCGGUGGUCAAUGUGACAAUAGUCUUUCUUUGUGACACUACAAGUUUGGAUGCAAUAUUUUUAUCUGUGUAUUACGGUGUAUUUAUUGGUACACACAGCCUUGUGAGCUUACGUCACUGUGUCACGGAACGUCUGGUAGUCGUCUUUGUCAAAGGCAGGUAGUUGUGUGUGGCUCUCUGGCUGUGUGUGAACGUGUUGUGACAUUGGAUCAUUCCAAGAAAAAUGGGUUAAUUGCUUUGCUCCUUGUCAUGAAACAGGAAAGGCUUUGCAACAAACAGAGGACUGCUGUAUCAGUAGACUUCUUGUCAGAUCGUCAGUGAGGUACGGAUAGGAAAAGUGGAAACAAAGUUUCUCAUCCCGUGUCAUUGAAAUUUAUAAUUUUGGUUUUGGCCAGCAAGAAAUUUUAGUCUAAACUUUACAGAAACACUUGGAAUACAUAGAGUUGAUUUUGACUCUUUCAAGUCAAGUGUUACGGGAAGCUUAUGUCCGGGUAUGACAACGGGAAUGAGGAUUCAAACUCAGACAACAUUACCUAGCAUGCCUUCAGGCCUCACAAACCAAUUUCUUUGUUUUUUGUCAUUUGGCUGAACAUUAUUUAGUGUGUCAAUAUAUAUAAUGCCAUCAUUGCUUAUGAGUUUAUCAAUAUUCUGCAACUGAGAGAAACUUUAUUUCAUGUUUUCAUGAGCUGAUGAGAAACUUUAUUUCAUGACCAAAUGUGAAAAUAUUGAACGUACCUUGAGCCACAGUUUGUGAGUACAGCGUGUAUGGUGGAGCUGUUGCCCUUUGAUAUCACUUGCUACAACGUAUAUGUUAUGUUUCCUACUGCCUUGGUCAGUGUGUAUGAAGGAUGACCUGUCGGAGUGACUGGGGUAGGGUGGCCACCUUUCAGUUAACCCUAGAGGCGCAGUCCUUUGGUUUUAUCAGGUAUUGUGAAGGUGAACUUCAGAACCUGGUUCAUAGACAGUGUUGGUGCUACCACAGGGCCUUUUGUUGUCUGUUGGUUGAUUUUUGUGACCGAAUGACUUUAAAACACCAGAAGAAAAGAAAUUACUUUUGACAUAUUUUGCAAUGGGGAACUGAAUUUCAUUUGUGGGCGGUGAGAGGAUGAAACCACUUCUGUAUUCAAACUUAUGCAGAGCUCGAGAUAAGUUGCGUAUUUGCGUAAAAUACACAUUAAAUAAACUGAAGUUUGCAGACAAAUAAAAUCCUAGCGUAUAAAAUACGCAACAAAAACUAUAAAUACACUAUUGAAAUAAAAAUAAUGCGUAUAUUACAAC